CAUCAAUUCUAUUACCAUCAUAAUCAAAGUUACAUCCAUCAACACUAUCACCAACCAAGUGUUGUGAAUUCUAACAAAUAUUAUCAUCACAAUUCUCAAAAUCAACACAUGGAACAAAAGACUAAGCCUCGGUUCGACUUCGCCAACCUGCCCAGGUGUGUCAGUCAAGAGAACGAAGCCAGAUGUAAACAGACAGAAGAGACAACUGUCCGAGUGGUCAGUCAUGGACUUCCAGCCGUGCAUUCUCUCAGAACCAAGAAACAGUUCAUCUGCAAGUUCUGUUCCCGGGAGUUUACCAAGUCCUAUAACCUGCUGAUUCACGAGAGAACGCACACGGACGAGCGGCCGUUCUCCUGUGAGUGCUGUGGCAAGGCGUUCAGGAGACAGGAUCACCUCAGAGACCACAGGUACAUCCACAGUAAGGAGAAGCCCUACAGGUGUGCAGAGUGUGGGAAAGGCUUCUGUCAGGCUCGAACCCUUACAGUUCACAAAGCCAUGCAUUUACAGCAAUCGUCGGCUCCAAAAGUUGGACAGAGAAGACAUCGUCUCAAACAACUGCCCGUCCUAGCUUCAGUCGUGUCAUCUUCAACCCUACCGUCAAAUCAGUUAUAA